UUUCUCUCCUGUGCCGGAAAAACAGAGGGAGGGAGGUCAUGAUAUCGGUCGGCUAUACGCUAAGCCUGUCAUGAUCUAUCCCGUCAAACCUAAAACCACAAAAUCCUGCUGAUAAUCCUUUACAUCGACGUGUCUUUACGUUGAUUUUGAGGAUUUUGGUACAAUUUUUGUGGAGGGAAAUGGGGAAAAGAUCGUUUAAGCAGUUCAUAGAAGAAGAACUCGGGUCGGUCCCGAAGUUCUUCAUCUACGCGCUGCUCGAAUGGGCGAUGAUCUUCAUGUUGUUCGUGGGCGGGUUCGUGGCGUUCGUAACGAACGAAUUCGCAAAGUUCUUCGAGUUGCCGGUCCCUUGCCUGUUUUGCACCAGGCUCGAUCACCUCCUCCUCGGAAAAACCAGCCACGUCCAUUACAAUGAGUCCGUAUGCGACGAACACAAGAAGAGUGUGUCGUGUCUUGCCUUCUGUCACGCCCACAAGAAGCUUUCCGACAUCCGGAACUUGUGCGAGAGCUGCCUCCUGUCGUUCGCCACCGAGCGAGACACCGAUUGUGAUCGGUACAAGUCACUUCUCGGGAUCUUACACAAGGAUGUCGACCAGUUGUUGUUCGACGAAAACGGCGAGGUUCAGUUCUCGAUACCUUUCGGGGUUAAAAGGGUUGAAGAACCAGCGGAUUUUGAGAAGAGCAAUGAGCAUCGUUGUACAUGCUGUGGGCAGCCAUUGAAGCUGAAAUUUACCGGUUCCAAGGACAAAUUUUCUUCAUUAUCUUCUAUGGCACUAUCGCCUUCUCCCCGGGCUCUUUCGGAUAAUAUGCUUCAGAUUAAAUAUUCGGAGCUAAAGGUUAAACUUGAUGAACCAGAGGCUCUUGAGGAUAAUGAUCGCUCAAAAGUGAAGGAAGAUGGGAAGGGUGGUCCAAUGCCGAUGGUUCCGGAGGGUGACGAAGACGACAAGACCCCCAACGUUAUAAAGAGCAACAAGUUCUUCGGCAUCUCCUUAUCGGAUUCCUGCAACGACAGCCCUCGGUGGAACCGAACUCCGAGGAAGUUACUGCUUCAGAAACCUGAGUUCGCUUCGGAAUGUGGCGGCGAAGGCCAGGCACCGAACAGUCCUCGCAUGGACCGAAAGUCACUCAUGGCAUUGUACAUGGAACUCGACGAAGAACGCAGUGCCUCCGCCGAGGCGGCCUACAACGCGAUGGCGAUGAUCACCAGGUUACAGGCGGAGAAAGCGGCGGUUCAGAUGGAGGCGUUGCAGUACCAGAGGAUGAUGGAAGAACAAGCCGAGUACGAUCAAGAGGCACUGGAGGAGAUGGUCAAUCUGGUGGCCAAAAGAGAGGAGGAACUCAAUGAGUUAGAGGCCGAGCUCGAGGUUUACAGGGCGAAAUAUGGAGGUCUAAAGGAAACCGAUUUCGAAAAGCAUGCACCAAGAGACGAGAACGAUGAAGGGAACAACAACGACAACAACCACAACGGCAAACCCGAAACUGCCUUCACUACUACUACUGCGGAGAACUCGGAGACUCAGCAAGGUCAGGCCGAAUCAAAUCCCAGUAACCAGGAGAAGGUCGGAGCGGCGGAAACACACAAGAUAAUGGGAUCGGAAUCGAAUUCGUCGGCGGAAGCCACUGCGAAAUCAAAGAAAGCGAUGCGUCAAAUGGAUCGGUUGAAAAUUCUACAGAAGAAGAUGCAUAUUUCAACAAUGGGAAGGCAUGAAAGGCCAAAUUGUGAGUUUGAGGACGAGUUUGAAGAAGAUCAGUAGCGGAUUAGGUAGAAUAGUUUG